UCAAGUCAAGAUGUUCUCAUACCGGGAGUAUAUAAACUGGUAGCCCCCCCGCGAUUUCCUUUUGAAUUAUCUACACCUGUUUGUCUUAUCAAUUCAUCCCAAUCUCAACUUAUCAUCUUCGUCGAAAGCUCCGUCUUUGACAGAUACAGCUUCACUCUUCACUCUCCAAGUCAAACCCCACUAGCCUGAACAUCUCCAGGCUUACAGCUCUUAUCCACAUUUGAUCAAGCAGUUUUGAGGAGCUUCACUCUCUAAACCACCCACCAUGGCUCCCAAUCACCGAGCUUCGUCCACCGGCAGCUUCAUCGAAAGCAUCCAAGCUGCCCGGAAGCAACUAGACAACAUGGCACUGAGCACCCCUGAUUCCUCGCUCGACGGCUCAGAAGCAUCAUCCCCUGGCGACUCUCCAGUUGGAAGCCCUGCUAGCGCUCUGUCACCCGUCACGCCCUCGAUAAGUAUCGAUGCUCCCGUAGCCGACAGCUUCGCCUUUGCCUUCGACAUUGAUGGUGUCCUUAUCCGUGGCGGCCGUGCCAUCCCCGAGGCUGUUGAGGCCAUGAAGGUGCUCAACGGCGAGAACGAAUACGGCAUUCAGAUUCCUUACAUCUUCCUCACGAACGGAGGUGGCAAAACCGAAGAAGAGAGAUGCGGCGACCUUUCAAAACAGAUGGAGAUUGAGAUCUCCCCCGCACAAUUUAUCUGUGGCCACACUCCCAUGAGGGAAAUGGCUGACCGAUUCAAGACUGUCCUGGUUGUUGGUGGCGAGGGCGAGAAGUGCCGUCAAGUUGCUGAGGGCUACGGCUUCAAGGAUGUCAUCACGCCCGGCGAUAUCAUCAAGCACAACUCGGCCACAACACCAUUCCGCAAGCUCACUCCCGAAGAACUCAAGAACUCUCGCGAGCGUGACUUCACCGACGUCACCAUCGAGGCUGUCUUCGUCUUCGCCGAUUCCCGCGACUGGGCCGGUGACAUCCAAAUCAUGCUCGACAUCGCAAUGUCCAAGGGUGGCAAGAUGGGUACUCUGAGCGAGACCUUUGACGAGGGCCCACCAAUCUACUUCUCCCACAACGACGUCGUCUGGUCCGCGGCUCACGACAACGUGCGCCUGGGCAUGGGUGCUCUCCGCCGCAUGCUCGAGGUCGCCUUCAAGGACGUUACCAAGAAGAAGGGCAAGCUCCACACACACGCCUUUGGCAAGCCCCAGGUCAGCACAUUCGAGUUUGCGACGAGGCUCUUGCAACAAUGGAGACGCCAGCAGCACGGCCUCGACGCCCCUCCCGACACCGUCUACUUUGUCGGCGACACGCCCGAGUCCGACAUCCGCGGGACCAACCUGUACGACGAGCACGCGGACAACGAGUGGCACAGCAUCCUGGUCAAGACCGGUGUCUACCAGGAUGGUACGGAGCCGGCGUACAAGCCCAAGGCUACCGUCAACACGGUGUUGGACGCCGUCCGCUACGGCAUCCAGCGCGAGAUCCGCAAGCGGGUCGUCACCUCCCUGCGCAAGGACAUCCUCGGCGAAGAGGAUUGCCUUCGCGCCAUGCAGGAGAAGGGUAGCGCGUGUUACACUCCCCUCGAGGAGCGUUCGCAACCGAUUUUGGGUUAAAGAGUCACGGGUUUCAAAGCAUUUACAACCUUGUGCUAUAAAAUGGUAUUUUUUCGGGAUAUUAGCGGUUUUUUCUUUUGGUUUAUUAGGUUAAAGCUCUCUUCAGAGCUACCUCAUUUUGUUGAUUUCUUUAUUCACUAGGACGGAGUAAAAGUGUGAUACCAAAGGCGUCAGCAAUGAUCACCACGACUACAGAUAGAUGCUAGAGUCAUAAAUAGCUUGUCAGCAGAUUCGCAUCGGUCACAAAUAUAUAGGCGCAUUAGCCGCCAAAUAACUAUGAAUCACUCUGAGCAGUUCUCAAGUCAGUGGACCAAAUCGUGAACUAUCCAGUGAGUUAGAGCGGCCAGUAGUAGCUCACACGUUGGCUAG